AUGAAAUUUAUUGCAUUAGAAAUAAUAUAGAAUGUAAGAGAUGCGGAUAAUUUUUUUGAUAAAAUGAUCCUUAAUCUCAUGAAGAAGAUUUCAUAACGGCACUUCUUGUACUAUAAUACAUUAACAUAGAUAUUUUAAAACACACUUAAUGUCCGAAAAAACCAAUCUCAUGCAUACACUGUGGAUUGGAUUAAGCAAGAGAAUUAAUAUUUUAACAUGAAAACAUUUGUGGUAGUAGAACAGAAAAGUAGAGCUAACUAAGCAUAUGGCUACGCGUGUACCACCAACUUCAAAGAAAUUGCUUUAUAAAAAUACCAUAUCAAAAAAACAGAUGAAAAUCCAUAAAUUUCGUAAUAACCUAAAUAAAAUGUUCAACCAUUCAAGCCUGAUUACAAAAAUUUUGAUUAUAAAUAAAAGUAUCAGGCUGAAGCUGAAUAAGUUAACAGACCUUAAUAAUAGUUAUAAGCAAAGCAUGAGAUUUUGGUUAUGAAAAGCCACCCAUCCCUUAUAAUUACUAAUAAUAAUAAUAAUAAUAAAUUCGAUAAUCUACAUAAUAAAUAUAUUGAAACUAAAGUAGAUAAUUAUUUUUCAAAAUCACAAGAUCCAAUAAUAAAAUUACAAUUUUAAUUAAUAGUAAUAACAAGUUGCAGCAGAACACAGAAGUAAACCAAAAGAUUAUCCUCUUAAACCAACAAAUCUUAUCAAAGAUAAGGUUCAGACAAUUAAGAUAUAAAAAAUGGUUAUUCAUAAUAAUAAAAAUUAAAUGGCAAAUAUACUAAUUAAUUGCCAUACUAGGAGAGAGUUCCAGAGAAAAAACUGAAUGAAUAACGAUAAAACUAUCCUAAUUCCUAUUUGAAUAAAUAACAAGAAAAUAAAUACUAUGGGAAUAAGAAAUUAGAUAAUCGAGUUAUUGAUAAAAAGUUCUCAGUUCAAAAUUUACAAAGAUAAUAUAUUUAAUAACCAGAAUCCAUAGUUUAGUAUAUAAAAUUAUGA